GGAAUUGUCGUCGUGGUGUAUCGUACGCAUUCCGCUUUUCCAUAGCGACUGGGAGGGAAACGAGAGAAGGAUGCCGCUCGUGUGGGAAGGAACCAAGUCGGUGGGAUCCUCGGGUGGACGGCGACGCCGUGGCCUGGCGGGUAUCAAGCGCAAGCUCGCUUCCGGUGCUUUCGGGCAAGAACCAAACGGCACGUCCCGUUCCGUCUACUGGCAAGGACACGACGGUACUAUUGUGUGGCAGGACCAGAGCAAUGACGAUCACAACCACCACUGUAACAAUCACAGUAACCACAACGAUACCGACAACCAAAAGAACAAGAACAACAAUGACGAUCAUAACAACAAGGACGCCGAACGGAUUGUCGAAGUGUGUGCUCGACAAGGAACCCCGGUGGUACCACGCCGGAGCGACCCGCCUCCACCGAUCCCCGUACACGUGACACCCACACCCUCGAUGGUACCCUUGCAGCGGGAACGUACCGUGGAAUUCCUCGAAGAAGCCCUCCAACUACAGACCCAACAAACCGACGAUUAUCGGGCACGCAUUGGACAAUUGCAACAGCAACUACAACAGCAACAACAAACGAAUAGUACCGAACUUGCGACCAAUCACGCACGCGAGUUGGAACGUCUCCGAUCGCGCCUCGCUCGAGAGCUUGCCAGUACGCUGGAUCGGGAACGUACGCAGUGGGAAGCACAAAUACAAAGCAUUGUCGAGGACGAGCGACGGAGCGCGGGGGAGGCGCAAUCACAUGCACUCUCCGUACUGCACACGCGGUACCAAACGCUCCAAUCCCGACACCAAGCCUUGUGUGACGCACACACAGCGCUCUUGCGGGGUGUCCGCAAGGUCGCGUCAACAACUAACUGUCAAACAACCACAACCACCACCACAACGUCGAGCUCCGGUAUUGUCAACGACACGGAGCUGGACACGGAUUCUACCGACUCGUCCGCACAAUCGGUAGCGAAUAGCAAUCCUUGGGAUGCACCCGUACGGGACGCCCUGGCACAGCUCGACGAGACCACUACCCGCCACCGUGAAACCGUGGCUUUUUUGCGCAACCAAAGGGAGCAACUCCUAGCCACCGUCCCUACCCGUACCGAUCCUCCACCGACCGACCACCGCGUCUCCCCGGGCAGUCGGCCAUUGGCCCCCAGUCCGGCCACGACACGGUCUCCGCCCCGAGACACGUCCGCCCGGGACAGCCUUUCGGAGCAUUCUCUCGGUUCCGUCCGCCGUUUGACCUGGACCGAAGCCGCUCCGCCAACCACGGAUCCCUCCAAAAAGGCAUCCCCCUGGAACUGUCCCCGGAGCCUGACACUCACUCGCGUUCCCCGCCCGGUCCGUCGCGUCGAUACUCUCUGUUCGUUGGGAUCGCCGACGCGGAGUCGCAAAGCCGUCCCCGUCGGGACCCGUCGUCGCGGCCCGCCACGGACUCCCGUAGCGCGACACCCGCGGAUUCGUAUUCACACGCCCGAAAGCACGGCAUCGUCGCAGUCUGAAUCCGAAUGGUUGUAG